CCGGUCCAGAGUUGACAAACACAUUGCUGGGCGUCCUUUGUCGUUUUCGUAAGGGUCCAGUUGCAAUCAUGUGUGAUGUAGAGCGCAUGUUCCACCAGUUUCAUUUGAAAAUAGAAGACCAAGAUUACCUACGGUUCCUUUGGUGGGAGAACGGAUAUCUAGAGUCUCAACCCUCAGUGUAUCGUAUGAAGGUCCACUUGUUUGGCGCAGCUUCAUCUCCUGGUUGCGCCAACUAUGGUCUCAAACAUCUUGCUGCCGAAGGACGAGGAAGCUUCAGCGAGAAGUCUAUCCAGUUCAUAGAAAGGAACUUUUAUGUUGAUGAUGGGUUGACGAGCGUAUCGUCUGAAGCUGAAGCGGCCCAGCUGGUGAAAGAAGCAAGAGAGCUUUGCAGCAUCGGCAAACUUCGGUUGCACAAGUUUAUCUCUAACGGCAAGGAAGUUAUAGCCACAAUUCCCAAGGAAGAAAGUGCCGAGGGUGCCAAAGACCUGGAUAUGGCUCUGGGUGAACCACACAUGGAGAGAGCGCUUGGUGUACUGUGGUGUGUCGCAUCAGAUGAGUUCCAGUUUAGAGUAGUUGUCAAGGAACGCCCACUCACAAGAAGAGGAGUGUUGUCUACAGUAGCCUCUGUAUAUGAUCCGCUUGGGUUUGUGGCACCCUUUGUCCUGGCAGGGAAGCAGAUCUUGCAGAGGAUGUGUCGUGACAAAAUCGACUGGGAUGACACCCUUCCAGAUGACCUACGUUCCCAGUGGGAAUUCUGGCUCCAAGGUCUACAAAACUUGUCUGAAGUAAGGAUCCAACGAAGCCACUUGCCAUCAAGUUUCAAGGAGGUGCAGAGUUAUGAGCUCCAUCACUUCUCUGACGCUAGUACCUCAGGUUAUGGAGAGUGCUCAUACCUCAGAACAAUCAGCACCGCAGGAGAAGUUCAUUGCUCCCUAUUUAUGGGAAAGUCGAGAGUCGCCCCCUCCAAGGUUACGACCAUACCACAACUGGAACUUUCAGCAGCGGUGGUAGCUGUUCGAACAAGUGACAUGCUCAAAAAGGAGCUAGAGAUACAAGGCCUACAGGAAUACUUCUGGACAGACUCAAAGGUAGUUCUUGGCUACAUCAACAAGGAAGCCAGAAGAUUCCACGUCUUUGUAGCUAACCGUAUUCAACGCAUUAAGCAAAGCACAGAUCCCGAACAUUGGAGAUAUGUGACCUCUGAAGAGAAUCCUGCGGAUCAUGCUUCCAGAGGUCUCACAUCAGAACAGCUCAUGGCUUCCAACUUGUUCACAGGUCCAGACUUUCUUUGGCAUGAAAAACUUCCCAAAGGACAAGUCAAGGGGGAAGAGUUCUCAGACAAUGAUCCAGAGCUGAAAUCCCUGGUCCAUGAUACCCAAGCAAAGGAAGAAAGAUCAUUACUAGAUCACCUUCAUAAGUUCUCAGACUGGGCAAGAGUGGUAAAAGCUAUUGCCAGGCUCAAACGACGUGUCAAGGAAGCCAUAGGCUUAAAAUUGAGGUCCAGUGAAGCUACAAGCAUAGAAGAAAGGAGAGAGGCAGAGCUCACCAUUAUAAAGAUGAUUCAAGAAGCAGCCUUCUCCCAUGAGAUACACAACCUUAGGCACCAGAAAGACAUCAAGACCAAAGAUAAAGCAAGCAAGUUGCAUAAAUUGAGUCCAUUUCUGGAUGAGCAAGGUAUCCUCAGGGUGGGAGGUCGCUUGGCUUAUGCAACUCUUCAUUCCCAUGUGAAGAAACCUGCAGACCCCUUUCACAGAAAUCACCGGUGAUUGGUGGGAGUGUAACUGACAGUUAGACUUACAGGUUAUGUCGUUGUCUUUUGUUUGAAUUGUUUACGUGUCCGCUGUGCGGGGGAAAUUAUAAUACAAGCGGAACCACGUAGCUAAUACUGUUGUAACAGGGAUCCUUAUUGUAGCAACACACUGUUGGAGGGAAGGCAAUCCUGCGCUGCUAGUUAGCUAAGUUUUCAAGUCAUCGGGUGUAGUUCAUAAAGGUUGAAGAGUGUAUGUUAGGAUGAAGUGUGAAUUCAUGCCAGUGAUAAUACGUGUGAAGUUUGAUUUCCUCCCUUCUGUAUAAGCAGCCAAUGAGUUCUCACGGAAGGUGAUAAUUCUGACUAAAACUACAGAAUAAAGCCGCCAGUUAAAAUCAAGGAACGGUUGUGCUCGUGGUUACUGAAGGGAGCUACAGUACAUAAUGAACAGACUAGUUCUAUACUGCUCCUACAUGGUGUAAUAUACAUCAUGUAGAUGUAUAUAAUGAACAGACUAGGUUUAU